AUGGUUUCUCGUUUGGAGGGGCUGUGCAGCCUGGACUGUCUGGACAAGAUGAGCUCGUCCAGCCGCCUCAGCCUCAACAGCCUUGGAAGGAUAUGCGGAAGUGGCCAAAGCAACGACAUGGUGGUCCUGGACCGGGUCAAGAGGAAGAACUCGGUCAGACGCAUGUCCAUCAUCGAGGACGGUCAGAUAGCAGAAGUGCUCUACUUGAUCCCCAAGCAGUGCGUGAUGGAUCAGCUGCCUUUCCUGAACCCCAAUGACUAUGUUCUGUGUGAGAAGCUGGCGGCCAUACCGGCGGAUGUGUCAGUGGUUCACACUCACCCUCCUGCAGUCAAGCAGGUCAUCAGAUGCGUCAAAUGCGGAGAGGUCUGCAAAGGGGAGGUGCUGCGAGUCCAGUCCAAUCACUUCCACAUCAAGUGCUUCACCUGCAAGGUGUGCGGCUGCGACUUAGCCCGGUCUGGCUUCUUUAUAAAAAACGGAGACUGCCUCUGUCCGCUAGACUACCAGAGGCUUCAUGGCACCAUCUGCAACAGCUGCGGGGGAUUUGUAGAGGGGGACGUUGUCGCCGUUUUGGGCAAGACUUAUCACCCGACCUGCUUUGUGUGCACCAUUUGCAAGCAACCAUUUCCUGCUGGUGAUUGUGUCACUUUCAGUGGAAAAGAGUGCAUCUGUCAGCGGUGUGUGAGCCCGCUGACGCCUCCACCAACCGGCAUUAGAUACUCCAACAACUGCAACGGCUGUGGUCGUGACAUCAAGAACGGUCAAGCUUUGUUAGCAUUGGGCAGUCAAUGGCACCUCGGCUGCUUCAAGUGCAACAUCUGCAAAAAAAUGCUGAGUGGAGAGUACAUUAGCAAGGAUGGUGUUCCAUAUUGUGAAAAGGACUACCAGCUUCAGUUUGGGGUGCAGUGUGACUCAUGUCAGAAGUUCAUAACAGGGAAAGUUCUUGAGGCAGGGGACAAACACUAUCACCCGGAAUGUGCGCGAUGCAGCCGAUGUGACAAAAUGUUCUCAGAGGGCGAGGAAAUGUAUUUGCAAGGUUCAGCCGUGUGGCACCCGGACUGCAGAGAAAGAAGCAGAAAUCAUGACAGCAACAGAUCGACUUUGACGUCUUCUGAAAGCUCCUGCUCCAGACCUGGCUCAUGUACACCUGGAAGCCCCGGUCGCUCAAUUUGUGCUAAAGUAGAUGAUGAGAUCAUUGAUUACCGAGACUUAGCAGCGAUUCCCAAGGUCAAGGCUAUUUAUGACAUAGAGCAUCCUGAUAUGAUGUCCUAUAAGAGUGAAAGCAUCGCCUCUGCUGCUUUGGAAAGCAGAGGCCAAACACAGGAAAGACAAAAGUCAGCAGAGUCUCUGGCAAAUGUAUCUGAAACCACAGAGGAAAGUUACGAGUUGAGAAAAUGCAUUCCCAAAUCGGCGAGCCACGGAUCCUUCGGCAUUCAGUCGUACAGUCGUCACAGUUACACGCCGACUCGUUCACCACAGCACUUCCACCGACCGGAUCAAGGUUUCAACAUGUACAGAAAACCUCCAAUUUUCAAGCAGCAAGAUUCAAACUCCAGCCAAACUUCCUCUUUGCCAGGAUAUGGUUGCAACGGCCUCAGUCCGCCUCAAUCUGCUGAAUUCCUCCGGAGCAGCGGGGACACAUUAAGAGAUUUUAAGCUUCUCCAUGACAGCCUGCAUCCAUUUGCACGAAUGGACAGAGGAGUGUCAAUGCCUAAUUUGCUGGAGCCAAAAGUCUACCCAUAUGAAAUGCUUACGGUUGCCAAUAGGGGACGUGUGAAGCUUCCCAGAGAAAUUGACAGAACAAGAUUAGAGCGUCAUCUGUCCCCAGAUUCCUUUUUUGAGAUCUUCGGCAUGGCAAUAAAAGAAUUUGACAGACUCCCGCUAUGGAAACGAAACGACAUGAAGAAAAAGGCGAACCUCUUCUAA